CCUGAGCUCGAGAAGGAAGCAAAUUCAUAGUUGUGGUUCACGUUCACAGCAAACAAGACUAGAGGCAACCCUCAGAAGCUCAGGAUUGCGAGUAUCUUCACCAUAUUGUCGCAAUACUCUUGCUUCAAGUGGAUUUACGGACUUCGGUUUUACCGGUGUUUGAAUCCAGAGCGUCUUUUUCGCUUGAGCGUUAACUGAAGUGAUGAAGGCAACUCGCGUGUGAAUUACUACUGGAAACAAUAACGUUUUAGUAGACUAUAUGGAUUUUCCGUCGGUUGUCAAUACUUGACCCCGCUUUUUAUCGGUUUACUACCAUACAGUUUGGGGCCAACGUAGUUAUUUGUUCAAGGAAAUGUGAGGACUUGGAUGCAGCUCAAGAAAGAUGAUGACCCGAGGCUGUCCCUAAUUCCUGUUUACAUGAAGUAGUUCAACUAUCAAACGUCCUCAAGACAACGGAAAGGAAACGGACUAAAUUAAUUGUUGGCUACAUUGUAACAUUUCAAGCUGGCAAGUAAUGGCACUUUUUAUUUUCUAUGUCUGCUGAGUAUCCCACAGAGGAACCAAAACGCGCUCGUGACCGAGAGGGAACGGCCAAUUAACUUUGAUUUUGGGCACCAUCGAUGAGGACGCAGCAGUGAACUGACGAGUCACACAUAGAAACGCCCCAGUCCCUCCCACCACCAGCCCCCCUCCCCUCCCUCUGUCCCUCUCCCCUAUUCCUGGCCCCUCUCCCCCACCCCAGACUCACCAUGCUGAUCAAGGAGUACCGGAUCCCAAUGCCAAUGAGCGUGGACGAGUACCGCAUCGCCCAGCUCUACAUGAUCCAGAAAAAGAGUCGGGAUGAGACCUGUGGCGAAGGCAGCGGAGUGGAGAUCUUGGAGAACAAGCCGUAUGAGAACGGCCCAGGGGGAAUCGGCCAGUACACCCACAAGGUUUACCACAUCGGCAUGCACAUCCCCAGCUGGUUCCGCUCCAUCCUGCCCAAGGCAGCGCUCCGGGUAGAGGAGGAGUCCUGGAACGCCUACCCCUACACCCGCACAAGAUAUACAUGUCCCUUUGUUGAGAAGUUCUCCAUUGACAUUGAGACGUACUACAAGCCAGACACAGGAAACCAGCCAGACGUCUUCAACAUGUCCCCAGCCGAGAAGAGGCUAAGGACUCUGGACCCCAUCGACAUUGUCAAAGAUCCCAUCACUCCACAUGAGUACUUGCAAGAGGAGGACCCUCGGAUCUACACGUCAGACAAGACCAAGAGAGGACCUCUGCAGGAGGACUGGAUCGAGGAGUACAACAACAACCCGGGGAAGACGCCCAUCAUGUGUGCUUACAAACUGUGCAAGGUGGAAUUCCGCUACUGGGGUAUGCAGUCCAAGAUUGAGCGCUUCAUCCAUGAUGUAGGGCUGAGGAAGGUGAUGGUGCGGGCCCACCGGCAGGCUUGGUGCUGGCAGGACGAGUGGUAUGGCCUGACCAUCGAGGACAUCAGGCAGCUGGAGCUGGAGACCCAGUUGGCCCUGGCCCAGAAGAUGGCCCAUUUCAGCCAGACAGAGGAGGCUACCGAGGCCAAUGGAGCUGUUUCAUCCCCAGACAAGAAUCAGGUCGUCAAAGAUACCAUCAACUCUUUAGAAGCUGAGGAGGUGGUCAGUGCAGGGGGCGGGGGAGACACUCUCCAAACAAAACGAGCAGGGCUCACAAAGCAGUGGUCCACCUCCUCCAGAUCCUCCCGUUCAUCCAAGAGAGGAGCGAGCCCGUCACGCCACAGCCUAUCUGAAUGGAGGAUGCAGAGCAUUGCACGAGACUCCGAGGACAGCUCAGAGGAGGAGUUCUUUGAUGCUCAUGAGGACUUGUCAGGUGAUGAAGAGGUCUUUCCCAAGGAGAUUGCCAAGUGGAACUCUAACGACCUCAUGGACAAGAUUGAGUCGGCUGAUGCAGAAGACACCCCUGGAGAGCUAUACAAGGACAUGGCAGGGGACUAUGAAAGGGAGGCCGGUGAUGAGAGACUAGAUGAGGACCUCUCCUCUCAGCAGUGUCUGCAGCCUUCUAGGAUCCACGUGCUGAUCCUGGUGCUACAUGGAGGCAACAUCCUGGACACAGGAGGAGGGGACCAGACCAGUAAGCAGGGCGAUGUCAACACCAUCAGCACUGCCUUUGACACAGUGAUGCGCUUGCACUAUCCCACCGCGCUGGGACGAAUCGCCAUCCGCCUGGUGCCCUGCCCUGCCAUCUGUGCUGAGGCCUUCUCCCUGGUGUCCAAUCUGAGCCCGUACAGCUAUGAUGAGAGCUGUCUGUCAAGCAGUCAGGACCAUAUCCCCCUGGCUGCCCUGCCUCUCCUGGCCACCUCCACCCCCCAGUACCAGGAGGCUGUGGCCACCGUCAUCAUGAGAGCCAACCAGGUGUACAACGACUUCAUCAGGUCCCUGGAUGGGACAACCUUCUCUGGCCAGGUGUGCUUGAUUGGGGACUGCGUGGGAGGGAUCUUGGGGUUUGACGCCUUGUGUAUCAGCAACCAGACUAUUGGUGAGAGCCAGAACAGCAGCCGCAGGGGAAGUGUAAUCAGCGUACAGGACCAGGACCUCCUCUCUCCAGGGAUCAUCAUCAACAGUGGGUAUGGCUCUGCCUCUCCCACCCUGGAGAGCAGCCGCCACCUGAGCCGCAGCAACAUUGACAUCCCCCGCUCAGGAGGACCAGAUGACCCCAAGAGACAGCUGCCCCGCAAGACGAGCGACUCCUCCACAUAUGAGUUGGACACCAUCAAACACCACCAGGCCUUCCUGACUAGCCUCCACUCCAGUGUUCUGCGGACCGACCCGUCCUCACGCAGGUCCAGCAGCAGCACCUUUCAGGAUGCAGGCUCUCUGGGGAAGUUUGAAUUUGAGGUGGCAGACUUCUUCCUCUUUGGCUCUCCUCUGGGCCUUGUCCUCGCCCUGAGGAAGACUGUCAUUCCUGUGCUGGACGUGGCCCAGCUGCGCCCUGCCUGCCAGCAGGUCUACAACCUGUUCCACCCAGCCGACCCCUUGGCCUCACGCCUGGAGCCCCUCCUGGAGAAGAAGUUCCACCUCCUGCCCCCUUUCAAUGUUCCCCGCUACACACGCUUCCCCCUGGGGGACGGCAACUCCGCUCUACUGGUGGAGACAGUCCAGAGCAACCCUCAGCUCCUGCUCGAUACUGGGCCCCCCCUCUCUUUCCGCUGUCAGGAGCCCAUCAGCGAGACCUGCAUCCCUGUGCCGGUGCUAAACUGGCAGGAGGGCUCCCUCAAGGCCACACCUGCUGUUCUGGAGUCGGAUUUUGUUCAGUCUCAUGGUGGUGUCUUCAUGGACAGUUCGUACCCCUCCUCCCCCGUUACGGGCCCCCACUGCCGGGGCCUGCGGAGGGCCAGUGAGGUCAGCAUUGCCAGCCAGGUCUCAGGAAUGGCAGACAGUUACACUGCCACCAACAUAGCCAACAUCGCAGCUCGUUGGUGGGGCACCAAGCGUGUGGACUUUGCCUUGUACUGCCCUGAUGCCCUGACAGCCUUCCCCACAGUGGCACUACCGCACCUCUUCCAUGCAUCCUACUGGGAGUCCACUGAUGUAGUGUCCUUCCUGCUGCGACAGGUUAUGAGACAUGAAAACUCCAGCAUACUGGAGCUGGAUGGUAAGGAGGUGUCAGAGUUCACUCCAUCUAAACCCCGGGAGAAGUGGCUCAGGAAGAGAACCCACGUCAAGAUCAGGAAUGUGACAGCCAAUCAUCGUGUAAACGAUGCAGUGUUCACAGAAGGUGGGCUGCAGAUCGUGACUGGCCGCUUCAUGUACGGACCUCUGGACAUGGUCACACUGACUGGGGAGAAGGUGGACAUCCACAUCAUGACCCAGCCCCCGUCUGGAGACUGGGUGUACUUUGACACAGAGCUGACCAACAGCGGUGGCCGUGUGUCCUUCAUCAUCCCAGAGAGCAAACGGCUGGGGGUUGGCGUCUAUCCGGUCAAACUAGUGGUCAGGGGGGAUCACACAUUUGCAGACAGCUACCUGACAGUGCUUCCCCAUGGGACAGAGUUUGUUGUGUUCAGUAUAGACGGCUCAUUCGCUGCCAGCGUGUCCAUCAUGGGGAGCGAUCCCAAAGUUCGAGCCGGAGCAGUCGAUGUGGUCAGGCACUGGCAGGACCUGGGCUAUUUGAUCGUCUAUGUGACGGGGCGUCCAGACAUGCAGAAGCAGAGAGUGGUGGCCUGGCUGUCUCAGCAUAACUUCCCCCAUGGCAUCGUCUCCUUCUGUGAUGGCCUGGUCCACGACCCACUCAGACACAAAGCCAACUUCCUCAAGUCACUCAUGGAGGCUCACAUGAAGAUCUUUGCUUGUUACGGUUCUACCAAAGACAUCGCAGUCUACACCUCCAUCGGCCUCUCUCCCUCCCAGAUCUACAUCAUUGGCCGAUCCUCCAAGAAGAUGCAAGCUCAGUGCCAGUUCAUUACAGAGGGCUAUGCGACCCACCUCUCUCAGCUGGAGUACAACCAGCGCUCUCGGCCAGCAAAGACUAGCAGUGCCCGCAUGAUCCUACGGAAGGGCAGCUUUGGUCUGGGUGCAAAAAGCGACUUCCUACGGAAGCGGAACCGCCUGCUGCGCACCAUCUCCGCCCAGCCGGCCUCCAGCUUGCCCAGCGGCAGUGGCCACAGUAGACCAGAGCGCACACAGAGCCAGUCAGACAGCCACAGCCAGCAUGGCCCUGGACCAGCCCAGCGCAGCAUGAGCAUUACAGCAGGCUGCUGGGGCCGCAGUGGCAGCACCAAGCUGGAGCCUUGGGUGUUCAACCCAAAGUAGGAGGAUGAAAUUGAGCAAGGACAAAGGUGAUGAGGAAAGGGAAAAACUGCAGAAAGUGAAAUUUAAGAAAUUAAGAUUGAGAUGACCAGAGAAUAAUUUAAAGACAGGGGAGAGUGAGAUGCUGGUCGUAGGCUUUCAAAGCUCUAAAUACAGAGACAGGAAGAAGAAUGAGAGAAUACAUGUGGUAAACAGGUCAAUGGAAGUUGGGGAAAGCGCAAGCUGAUCGAACAAAGUGGAAAUUCGGCAAAUCCAUCAGGAUUGAUGUAUUCUAACAGGCCCACAAUGUGGUUACUAAAAUCCGAUUUGGAUAUAUUUGGCUGUUUUCGCUGCAUAAUAUAUAAAUAUCUGAUAAAUGCUAACUCUGGUUCAAAUAUAUGGUAGUAAAGCUAGCCAUAUGGAAAUCGUUGGUGGUAAUUGAAGCCGUUUUUUAAGUGUAAUGCUUGGUGACGAUGACAUAAAAAUGUAUUGGGGUUGACAUCCAUAGAAGCAUUAUACUCCAAAUUAUAAACUGGGUGGUUUGAGCCCUGAAUGCUGAUUGGCUAACAAACUUGGUAUAUUUAACCUUUAUUUAACU